UGUAAACGUGACUUGAAUUAAAACUGGUCAUCUACAAAUACAGAUAUAAAUACUGCAGCUGCUUUGAAGUAAUAUUUAUAGGCAGAGAAAACCAAAAAGAUGCUAAGGAUAUUGAUAUUGGUUGUCCUUGUUGUCUUUACACAACACUGUGAAGUUGUUCAUGGCCGCGGUGGUCAUGAAGGUCGAGGUGGUGGUGGUAAAGGUCGUGGUGCUGAGAAUCGUGGCCGUGGACAUAUGCGCAAUCAACCGAUAGCUUUCACAGCAAGAAUGUCAGAAAAUGCCACCAAUAUUCAACCAAAUGACACAAUACCCUAUACGAUGAAUGUCGUCAACUCUGGAAAUGGUUAUCAAUGUAAUGUUUUCACUGCACCAAAGAACGGAUUCUAUUUCUUCACCUGGAGUGUUACCUCGAAAUUCCCAGUUGUCACAGCAUUGGUGAAGAACAACGAUACAAUAGCCGUACUCUCUUGUCAUAACUUCUCUAACCCCGGGAAAAGAAACACGUGUUCUCAAUCGACGACUAUCCAACUAACGGCCGGUGAUCAAGUUUCGGUCAGAGCAACGGAAACCAUGGACAUUGUCAGCGCUUCUUACUGGCCUUCGUUUUCUGGAUUUCGAUUAUAAGGGGAAAAUUAGGCAGAUAAAAGUUUUUCUGCCUCUUGUUUGAAAUGCCAAACUUUUAUGAUCUUUUGGCUUUCUGAAUAAAAGAAUCUGCA